AUCCGCCUUCCUGCGGCCAUUUCACGAUCUGCGACCAGCAGAAUGGUAACGUGAAGGAAAUGUUUUCAAUGGAACGGAUGUGAAGGCGGAGUCUGUCUUUUCUUUCGGGACUUUAGGCAGAGAGUCACCGGUUACAAUAUAACGUUACCUCCCUAAUCUACAAUUCAACAGAAUAGGGAUAAACAUCUCAUCUGGUUCACUUGGCCUGAACUCUGCAAACGACCGACCGUAAACGAGUGUCUACAAUGAAUCAGGAAACACUCUCCCUCCAACCCUCCUCCCCCCUACUCCUCCCGGAGUCCCCGGGUCGUACGUCUCCUGGUAACACCUUACUGCUGGGUCUGAAGAGGGUGUCUGUGCGGUUGGUCGACUGCAGGAAAACACCGGCGCUAAGGGACAGUCCUAACUGUAACUCUCUCAGUAGAAGGGGCUUGUCAACUUGGGAGGCUGAUGCCAAGGAGGCAGAGAAAAUUCUCUCCAGAUCAGAACACCUCAAGAAACACCAGCAGAGACCCACACGGAAGAAACCUCACUGCUGCUCUGACUGUGGGAAGAGUUACACCUCUAAAGUAAACCUUAGAGGACACCAGAGAAUUCAUACUGGAGAGAAACCUCACUGCUGCGCCCAGUGUGGAGCUAGCCUCUCCACUGCCAGUGCACUGGAAGGACACAUGCGGAUUCACACUGGAGAAAAACCGUACCAGUGCUCAGAAUGUGGGCAGAGAUUUAAAGACUCCAGUGCUUUACGGAUACACGAGAGAAUAAAACACACCGGUGAAAAACCCCACUGUUGCUCUGACUGCGGGAAGAGAUUUGUUACAUCACAAAGCUUAAAAGCUCACUGGCGGAUUCACACUGGAGAGAGACCGUUCCACUGCUCUGAGUGUGGGAAGAGUUUCAAACAAGCCUCAGCACUGUCUGAACACAAACAAAUACACACAGGAGAAAAGCCUCACCACUGUGAGCUGUGCGGGGGAAGCUAUUCCUCUUCUAAAUUACUCAGACUACACCAGAGGAUUCACACAGGGGAGAAACCUUACCAUUGUGCUGACUGUGGGAAAAGCUUCAGACUGAUUUGUAUUUUAAGAUGUCACCAGCUAAUACAUACUGGAGAGAAGCCCCACCAAUGUACUGAGUGUGGGAAGAGGUUUGCUGUUAAGAGUGGGCUCUGGUCACAUAACAUAGUGCACACUGGAGAGAAAGGCUACCAAUGCCCACAGUGCGGUAAGAAGCUAGGAUCAUCUACUUCUCUAGAGCAGCAUAAGCGAACACACACUGGACACAAACCCUUCCACUGUUCCCACUGUAAAUUAAGCUUUGCCACUAAUUCAGCCCUGUACAAACACCAGAGAAUUCACACAGGUGAGAAACCACACAGCUGCAAUGUUUGCCAGAGGAGUUUUGGACGGUCCGAUCACCUGAAAAAUCAUAUGCAAAUUCACACGGGAGAAAAGCCAUACCACUGCUCUAAGUGCGAGCUGAGUUUCACUAACAACAGAUCUCUGAAAGAACAUGAGGUCAGACACACAGAAGAGAAACCUCACUGCUGCUCCCAGUGCGGUGCUAGUCUCUCCUCUGCCAGGGCACUGGAAGGACACAUGCGGAUUCACACUGGAGAGAAACCGUACGAGUGCUCUGAAUGUGGGCAGAAGUUUGCACACAGAGCCAGUCUUAGGACACACCAAAGAAUACACACAGGAGAGAAACCCUAUCACUGCUCUGACUGCAAGAAGAGCUUUUCAAAACUUUACUAUUUCAAAAAGCACAAGUUCACACAUUCAGAGAAGAUAAUGCUGUGGGGAAAUGGGAGCUCAUCCUUAUACAGGGGGAAAUGGGAGCUCAUCUAUAUCUACAGGGGGAAAUGGGAGCUCAUCUAUAUCUACAGGGGGAAAUGGGAGCUCAUCUAUAUCUACAGGGGGAAAUGGGAGCUCAUCUAUAUCUACAGGGGGAAAUGGGAGCUCAUCUAUAUCUACAGGGGAAAUGGGAGCUCAUCUAUAUCUACAGGGGGAAAUGGGAGCUCAUCUAUAUCUACAGGGGGAAAUGGGAGCUCAUCUAUAUCUACAGGGGGAAAUGGGAGCUCAUCUAUAUCUACAGGGGGAAAUGGGAGCUCAUCUAUAUCUACAGGGGGAAAUGGGAGCUCAUCUAUAUCUACAGGGGAAAUGGGAGCUCAUCUAUAUCUACAGGGGAAAUGGGAGCUCAUCUAUAUCUACAGGGGGAAAUGGGAGCUCAUCUAUAUCUACAGGGGGAAAUGGGAGCUCAUCUAUAUCUACAGGGGGAAAUGGGAGCUCAUCUAUAUCUACAGGGGGAAAUGGGGCUCAUCUAUAUCUACAGGGGGAAAUGGGAGCUCAUCUAUAUCUACAGGGGAAAUGGGAGCUCAUCUAUAUCUACAGGGGAAAUGGGAGCUCAUCUAUAUCUACAGGGGGAAAUGGGAGCUCAUCUAUAUCUACAGGGGGAAAUGGGAGCUCAUCUAUAUCUACAGGGGGAAAUGGGAGCUCAUCUAUAUCUACAGGGGGAAAUGGGAGCUCAUCUAUAUCUACAGGGGGAAAUGGGAGCUCAUCUGUAUCUACAGGGGGGAAUGGGAGCUCAUCUAUAUCUACAGGGGGAAAUGGGAGCUCAUCUAUAUCUACAGGGGGAAAUGGGAGCUCAUCCUUAUACAGGGGGAACUGGGAGCUCAUCUUGUUUUAUGGUCAUGCUCUGUCUUGGGGCCACGGCCAGGCCUUACCAUGGUCCUGCUCCGUCUUGGGGCCACGGCCAGGCCUCACCAUGGUCCUGCUCCGUCUUGGGGCCACGGCCAGGCCUCACCAUGGUCCUGCUCCGUCUUGGGGCCACGGCCAGGCCUCACCAUGGUCCUGCUCCGUCUUGGGGCCACGGCCAGUCCUCACCAUGGCCCUGCUCUGUCUUGGGGCAACGGCCAGUCCUCACCAUGGUCCUGCUCUGUCUUGGGGCCACGGCCAGGGCUCACCAUGGUCCUGCUCUGUCUUGGGGCCACGGCCAGGCUCCACCAUGGUCCUGCUCCGUCUUGGGGCCACGGCCAGGCCUCACCAUGGUCCUGCUCCGUCUUGGGGCCACGGCCAGUCCUCACCAUGGUCCUGCUCCGUCUUGGGGCCACGGCCAGGCCUCACCAUGGUCCUGCUCCGUCUUGGGGCCACGGCCAGUCCUCACCAUGGUCCUGCUCCGUCUUGGGGCCACGGCCAGUCCUCACCAUGGUCCUGCUCUGUCUUGGGGCCACGGCCAGGCUCCACCAUGGUUCUGCUCCGUCUUGGGGCCACGGGUCCUACAGUCUAGGGGCCACGGCCACCAUGGUCCUGCUCCGUCUAGGGGCCACGGCCAGGCCUCACCAUGGUCCUGCUCCGUCUAGGGGCCACGGCCAGGCCUCACCAUGGUCCUGCUCCGUCUUGGGGCCACGGCCAGGCCUCACCAUGGUCCUGCUCCGUCUUGGGGCCACGGCCAGUCCUCACCAUGGUCCCGCUCCGUCUUGGGGCCACGGCCAGGCCCCACCAUGGUCCCGCUCCGUCUUGGGGCCACGGCCAGUCCUCACCAUGGUCCCGCUACGUCUUGGGGCCACGGCCAGGCCUCACCAUGGUCCCGCUCCGUCUUGGGGCCACGGCCAGGCCCCACCAUGGUCCCGCUACGUCUUGGGGCCACGGCCAGGCCUCACCAUGGUCCCGCUCCGUCUUGGGGCCACGGCCAGGCUCCACCAUGGUCCCGCUCCGUCUUGGGGCCACGGCCAGGCUCCACCAUGGUCCCGCUACGUCUUGGGGCCACGGCCAGGCCUCACCAUUUGGGGCCACGGCCAGGCCUCACCAUGGCCCCGCUCCAUCUUGGGGCCACAGCCAGGCUCCACCAUGGUCCUGCUCCGUCUUGGGGCCACGGCCAGGCCUCACCAUGGUCCUGCUCCGUCUUGGGGCCACGGCCAGGCUCCACCAUGGUCCUGCUCUGUCUUGGGGCCACGGCCAGUCCUCACCAUGGUCCUGCUCCGUCUUGGGGCCACGGCCAGGCCUCACCAUGGUCCUGCUCCGUCUUGGGGCCACGGCCAGGCCUCACCAUGGUCCUGCUCUGUCUUGGGGCCACGGCCAGGCCUCACCAUGAUAACCGUCCGUUACCUCCCUAAUCUACAAUUCAACAGACGAGAGAUAAACAUCUCAUCUGGUUCACUUCUCCUGAACUCUGCAAACGACAAUAAACAAGUGUUUACAAUGAAUCAGGAAACACUCUCCCUCCAACCCUCCUCCCCCCUACCCCUCCCUGAGUCCCCGGGCCGUACCUCUCCUGGUAACACCUUACUGCUGGGUCUGAAGAGGUUGUCUGUGCGGCUGGUCGACUGCAGGAAAACACCGGAGCUAAGGGACAGUCCUAACCGUCACUCUCUCAGUAUAAGGGGCUUGUCAUCUGGGGAGGCUAAACAACAUCAUGAUAAUGAGGAGGCAGAGAAAAGUCUCUCCAGAUCAGAACACCUCAAGAAACACCAGCAGAGACCCACAAGGAAGAAAUCUCACUGCUGCUCUGACUGUGGGAAGAGGUUUACCUCUUCAACAAACCUUAGACGACACCAGAGAAUUCAUACUGGAGAGAAACCUUACAGCUGUGAUCAAUGUGGGAAGAGAUUCAAUCAGAGAUUCAAUCUGAAGUCACACCAGAUCAUACACUCAGUAGAAAAACCUCACUGCUGCUCCCAGUGUGGAGCUAGUCUCUCCUCUGCCAGGGCACUAGAAGGACACAUGCGGAUUCACACUGGAGAGAAACCGUACCAGUGCUCAGAAUGUGGGCAGAGAUUUACAUACUCCAGUGGUUUACGGAUACAUGAGAGAAUAAAACACACCGGUGAAAAACCCCACUGUUGCUCUGACUGCGGGAAGAGAUUUGUUACAUCACAAACCUUAAAAGCUCACUGGCGGAUUCACACUGGAGAGAGACCAUUCCACUGCUCUGAGUGUGGGAAGAGUUUCAAACAAGCCUCAGCACUGUCUGAACACAAACAAAUACACACAGGAGAGAAGCCUCGCCACUGUGAGCAGUGCGGUGGAAGCUAUUCCUCCGCUAAGUUACUCAGAAUACACCAGAGGAUUCACACAGGGGAGAAACCUUACCAAUGCACUGACUGUGGGAAAAACUUCAGAUUUUUAUCUUCUUUAAAAUGUCACCAGCUAAGACAUACUGGAGAGAAGCCCCACCAAUGUACUGAGUGUGGGAAGAGGUUUGCUGUUAAGAGUGGGCUCUGGUCACAUAACAUGGUGCACACUGGAGAGAAAGGCUACCAAUGCCCACAGUGUGGUAAGAAGCUAGGAUCAUCUACUUCUCUAGAGCAGCAUAAGCGAACACACACUGGACACAAACCCUUCCACUGUUCCCACUGUAAAUUGAGCUUUGCCACUAAUUCAGCCCUGUACAAACACCAGAGAAUUCACACAGGUGAGAAACCACACGGCUGCAAUGUUUGCCAGAGGAGAUUUGGACGGUCAGAUCACCUGCAAAUUCACAUGCAAAUUCACACAGGAGAAAAGCCAUACCACUGCUCUAAGUGCGAUCUGAGUUUCACUAACAACAGAUCUCUGAAAGAACAUGAGGUCAGACACACAGAAGAGAAACCUCACUGCUGCUCCCAGUGCGGUGCUAGUCUCUCUUCUGCCAGGGCACUGGAAGAACACAUGCGGAUUCACACUGGAGAGAAACCGUACGAGUGCUCUGAAUGUGGGCAGAAGUUUGCACAUAGAUCCAAUCUUGGGAAACACCGAAGAAUACACACAGGAGAGAAACCCUAUCACUGCUCUGACUGCAAGAAGAGUUUUUCAAGACUUUACUAUUUCAAAAAGCACAAGUUCACACAUUCAGAGAAGAUAAUGCUGUAAUCUACACCUUUAUUAGCCUGAUAUAAUGCUGUAAUCUACACCUUUAUUAGCCUGAUAUAAUGCUGUAAUCUACACCUUUAUUAGCCUGAUAUAAUGCUGUAAUCUACACCUUUAUUAGCCUGAUAUAAUGCUGUAAUCUACACCUUUAUUAGCCUGAUAUAAUGCUGUAAUCUACACCUUGAUUAGCCUGAUAUAAUGCUGUAAUCUACACCUUUAUUAGCCUGAUAUAAUGCUGUAAU